UUUUGUCUGCGGGUCGCUGCGGGGCCCGGACGUCUGGAGCCAUGGCACCCAAAAAGAAAGGGAAAGGCAAAGGUACCCCAGUUGUUGAUGGGCUCGCUCCGGAGGACAUGAGCAAGGAGCAGGUGGAGGGGCACAUCGCCCGCAUCCGGGAGGAGCUGGACCGGGAGCGGGAGGAACGCAAUUACUUCCAGCUGGAACGGGACAAGAUCCACACCUUCUGGGAGAUCACGCGGAGGCAGCUGGAGGAGAAGAAGGCUGAGCUUCGGAACAAAGACCGGGAGAUGGAGGAGGCUGAGGAGAGGCACCAGGUGGAGAUCAAGGUCUACAAGCAGAAGGUGAAGCACCUGCUGUACGAGCAUCAGAACAACCUGACGGAGAUGAAGGCCGAGGGCACUGUGGCCAUGAAGCUGGCCCAGAAGGAGCACCGCACACAGGAGGGUUCGCUGCGCAAGGACAUGCGGGUGCUGAAGGUGGAGCUCAAGGAGCAGGAGCUGGCAAACGAGGUGGUGGUGAAGAACCUGCGGCUGAAGCACACCGAGGAGAUCACCAAGAUGCGGAAUGACUUUGAGAGGCAAGUGCGAGACAUCGAGACCAAGUACGAUAAAAAGAUGAAGAUGCUGAGGGAUGAGCUCGACCUGCGGAGAAAGACCGAGAUCCACGAAGUGGAGGAGAGGAAGAACGGCCAGAUCAGCACGCUGAUGCAGCGGCACGAGGAGGCCUUCACAGACAUGAAGAAUUACUACAACGACAUCACCCUCAACAACCUGGCCCUCAUCAACUCCCUCAAGGAGCAGAUGGAGGACAUGCGGAAGAAGGAGGAAUACCUCGAGAAGGAGAUGCUGGAGGUGUCUACGCAGAACCGGCGCCUGGCCGAGCCGCUGCAGAAGGCCCGGGAGGAGAUGAGCGAGAUGCAGAAGAAGUUGGGUGACCACGAGAGGGACAAGCAUCUCCUGGUUUGCACAAAGGCACGUUUGAAAGUCACUGAGAAAGAGCUCAAGAGCCUGCAGUGGGAACACGAGGUGCUGGAGCAGCGGUUCCUCCAGGUGCAGCGGGAGCGGGACGAGCUCUACAGGAAGUUCACCUCGGCCAUCCUGGAGGUGCAGCAGAAGACCGGCUUCAAGAACCUGAUCCUGGAGCGCAAGCUGCAGGCCCUCAGCACGACCGUGGAGAAGAAGGAGCUGCAGCUCAACGAGGUGCUGGCAGCCUCCAACCUGGACCCCGCGGCCCUGACCCAGGUGUCCCGCAAGCUGGAGGACGUUCUGGAAUCGAAGAACGGUACCAUCAAGGACCUACAGUAUGAGCUGGCCCGGGUGUGCAAGGCCCACAACGACCUGCUGCGAACCUACGAGGCGAAGCUGCUGGCCUUCGGGAUCCCCCUGGACAACGUGGGCUUCAAGCCCCUAGAAACGGCCGUGAUAGGGCAGACCCUGGGCCAGGGCCCUGCUGGACUCGUGAGCACCCCAACGUAG